GCAGUAAGAGUAUACAAUAAUGUGCAACUGGAAAGAUUUCUAUAAAAAGUUAUGUUCUUAAUAUUUUAUAUUAAAGUUAUAAAGCAAUCGUUAUUUCCAAAGACUAACCACUGGCUUAAAAAUGAACAGACCUCUGAAGUGCAACUGGAAUGAGAGUCACGUUCUUCAGAUUUUGGAGUACGCCAAACCUUUGUACUUGUAUUUACAUCCAAAACGGAACAUCAUCCUAGAGCUUCAUCGUACAUUACAAACAAACCCGAUCUUAUCGGUAUACAGCCAAACAAAUUUGAAAAUGAAACUAUUUCAAAUACAGCGUUUGAUUGAACGAUAUUUGAGCGGUAGGCCUUCUGGAAUGAUUACAAAACGCAUAUAUUUCGAUUUGGCUCUAGAAAUCUAUGGUAAAAGGAUGCCUAUUCAGAAUCUUAAGCAAAUCGCUAAAGAGGAUGUAUUACAGGAAAGAGAUAAUGUUUUUCUGUUUCCUAAGAUAGGUCUGUGUCGUUGCUGCCGAUCUCCCCGAAUCAGCAAUGGGGUAGAUUUGUUAGAUGAUUGUUGCGAGGGUCAAAGUUAUGCAGCGAUUUUAAAAUUGUUCUUGGAGCUUCCUUAUCUAAAGAAUGUUAGUACGAAAAUUUGUGCUAGAUGCGCCAAGUUUGUGGAAAGUUUGGGAGCAUUUAUACAUCAAUGUCAGAAAUCGAAUGGAAUGCUUCAUUUUAGUCUUGUGAAGAAGGAAUUUUCCAGCGAGGUAACUAAAUUGAAUAUGACGACAGAUAGUUAUUUCGAUUCAAAUUUAGUCUCAGAAGGAAAUAUUUGUAAUGAAUCUAAAAAUGAAACUUGUGAAAGCUAUGAUUUUCAAGCAGAUAUUAUUGAGACUCAUGAUAUAGGUAUUUCAUCGGAUGCGAAUGAAUCCGAUGUUUACAAACAUUCUCUAUUGUCGGAACUAGAAUGUGAAAAUGAGUAUCAGAUAGAAUCAAAAAAUAAUUCGGAUUCUUCGUCAAAGUUCAGUAAUAUAGUUAACAGAAAAAGGCGAACUGGUCGUGGGCCUAGUUGGAAUGAAUCACAUUUAAAUACGUUUCUUUUAAUAGCCAAAACAUGUUUAAGGCCAGAUGGGAAAUUUGAUUAUAUUCAACUGCAAGAAAUACUGUCUGAAAUACCCGAACUAUCACACUACUCGGCAGCUGCUGUAAAAUCUAAAUUAUUCUCAAUAAAACAAAAAUUGAAGGAACCAGGAAUUCCAAAAAUAAGAGAUAAAAUUUAUACUAGUGCUGCAUUGGAUUUGUUUGGCCAUGACAAUGAAGAUGCGAUGGAUGUGGAAAGCGAAGAAAAUGUAUGUCAGGAACCAGAAUUUCUAGCAAUACCAUGUAAAAACGAGAAUGCGUAUGAAAUUGAAGAUAACAUGUAUUCAGCAAAACCUAGGAGAGGUCCAUCAUAUCCCCCGGCACAAGUAAAGACAUUAUUAAUCGCAGCGAAAAAAUUUCAGAACGAGGAUGGUUUAAUUAAUCAUCGCCAGUUACAUGCUGCACUAAAUGGUACUAGUCUACAACAUUUGACGGUAGCAGGAAUAAAAUCGAAAUUGUACGCCAUUAGAAGUGCAGUGCUUCAACCUGGUAUGCCAAAAAUUGUUCAUCAAAUCUACGCCGAUGCAGCAAUCAAAUUGUUUGGACCAUAUUUAAAUGUCUAAACAACAAUCGAAAUGCAGAAAAAAUGAUGGAUCAAUAAAAAUAAUAA